CUUCAGAAAUUAAAAAAAGAUACUCUAGAUAUGACCAAACACAACGAUAUCAUGAGUGAUAAACUACGUGAGAUGGCAGAUUACCCUUCGGUGAAAGAAGAAGCAGCCGUACUGAGGAGAGAAUUGCAUAAUACAAAAACUGCAUUGACUGAAGUCAAACAUGAACUCAAGAUUGAUAGGACAAAAUAUGAGGAGCAAUUGCGAGAGCUGAGAGAGAGACUGACUAAACCCACACCAGAAAUGGUUACACUGCAAGUGGAGCUGAACAGGACACGGGAUAGACUUAAAGAUGAAGAAACAAUGUUGAGACAAAAAGAAACUCAUCUUAAUUCAAAACUCCAUGAAGAGACUGAGAAAUGUCGUGAUCUGAAACGAGAGGUCGAAGAGCAGACCCGACAAAUGAACCAAAUGAAUGAGGAAAUUACUGACUUAAGAGCAACACUGCGGGAAACACAGAAAGCACUUAGUAAUGAAGUUUACAGGAAUCCAAAAUCGGUGCCAGAUAGUUUUUACGCAUCCAAACCGCUGUCUAGAAAUGCUGGACAGCUUGAUGACUUGGAUUCUAUAGAUCUGUGUGCUGAUACAGGGUUUAAAUAUGUGUCACCUGAUGCGUCACUGGACUUAGCCACACCAAGAGAACGACCCCGCACUGAUGCGUCACUGGACUUAGCCACACCAAGGGAACGACCCCGCAGUGCUUCUCCUGAUCUGGCUUUAGAUAAAUUCCUGGCUGAAACUAAAGCAAGGUUUCAAAAUCUAGAGAUGGAAGCGGAGAACUUGGAUGAGAAUUAUCGGAACUAUCGACACAGAUCUACUAAUAUCUAUGCUCUGCCAAAGAAAGGAAGUCCAUCACUGAAAAGAUCUACCUGGUCUGAUGCCACUGAUAUACCUAUCAGAAAAACCACCUCCAGCAGUGCCUCACAGAGAAAACAAAGUCCCCCAAGAUCAGUACUAAAGAAAGACCGUUCAGCGCCAUCACUCUCACCAUCGCAUUCCAAACCAGCAGUGACAAGUCCAACGGAGAAGUCCUCUACAUCUCCUUUGCCAAGUCUUAGAAGUAAACCUCUUGAGGUGGAACCAAUUUUGUCUGUGUCAUCACCAAGGCGACCAUUACCAAAGACAGGUGGUUAUCAUUCGCCGUCUGUGAAGAAAGAUAACAAUGAUCUGUUGCUAACAGGUGAUGCAUGGAAAUCCUCAUCUUUACCUCAUGAUGUUGUUGAAGAUGAAGAGAAGCAGGAAGAGCAGAUUGAGUUUUCAAGUGCUAAGAGCAGUCCUAGACUAAAAAAAGAGACGUCCUAUGAUGAUGACUGGGAGUCAAGUAAAUCUGAACGAUCUGAACAUCAACAACCAGUCGUGUCUCUGGAUGCUGCCUGGAAACAUGAAGUUACAUCACUAGAUACAGAGUGGAAAGGUCAAGUUAAAUCUGAACAAGAACUGGAAAAAGAAAGGGAAGAUGAGAGGAAGUGGGAGGAAGAAAGAAAACAAAAAGAGGAAGACAGGAAACGAAAAGAGCAAGAAGCUUGGGAGAGGGAACAAAGGGAAUUAGAAGAACUAGAAAGGCAACAACAGUUGGAGAAGGGCGAUUACCAGACAUCAGUGACAGGUCAAGGGAGUGAUGAAAAAGUAGCAUCGGGAGAAGAGAAAAAAGAUGAGGAAGGAAAGACAGAUAAAAAGAAUGAUGAUGAUAGUGAUGCCAAUAUUGACCCAGUUAUGAAGAAGUAUAUGCAGAUGGUACAGAAAAAGAAAGAAGAGAAAAAAGAACAGGAGAAAACUGCAUCACCAGAUCAUUCUAUUUCAAUUGAAGAAGAAAUUCCAAGUCUUGGUGCUACAUCUGACAAUACAUUUGAUGAUUGUUGGUACUCUGUUGAGUCGUGGUCAGGUCAAGGAAAACUUCAUGAUGAUUACAGCAUCAUGUUUUGA